AUGGAAUAACUCAAAACAUUUAUAAAUAUUUAUCUUUAAAAACUUAACUUUUUAAGUAAUGAAACAAUAUAGGGCUUGAUUUACAUUAAUCUUGAAAAACCUUUUCAUGGAAAUUUACUCUAGAUUAGAAUUUAAGGUAUUGAAGAAAUUAAUAUUAAAUUUUCUGAAUUUGUUGGUGAAGACGAUUACAUUACUACCUACGCAAAGGAGUCUAAUAAUUUUUUAAAUUAUAGUUUACUCAUCUAUGACUAUGCUAAUGGUUCUAAUAGAAAAGACUUUUAAAUUGAACCUGGUUAGUAUUAAAUACCUUUUUAACUAAAAAUUGCAGAAAAGCUUCCUUCAUCUUUUUUCUAUGAAGAAGAAGGAGAUAAAGGUUCAUUAAAAUAUGUACUUACUGCAUAAAUUCUCUCAAAUAAAACUAAUGUAAAACCUCUUAGUGGAAAUAAAGAAAUAUUUAUAGGGUAAAAAGUAUAAAUGUAAUAAUAAAUUACUUAUACAAAAAUUAGAACAUCUACAUUUUGCUGUACCUCUAGCUUAAUUAAUUAUAACGUGUAACUAAAUAGUAAUUGCUUCUCUCCAAAUGAAAUUAUCAAGGUAAGGUUGGAUAUAGAUAUUAGUAAAUGUAGAGAUAAAUUAUCUAAUUUCACAGUUAAGUUUAUGAGAAGACUUGAAAUGAAAGCAAAUAAAGGUACUUCAACAAAAACAGAAAUUAAAACAGAAUAAAAUGCUUGUGUUCUAGUGAAAGGUAGUCGUAUUUAGUAAGUAGUCGAGUUUUUAGUAUAGAAAAAUAUUAAAUUAACUUGUUAAGGUUAGUUAAUUCAAUUAGGUUAUUAUAUUGAAAUAGUUCCAAAUACUACUAAAAAAUGUUGUGCAAUUGAUUAAAAAAGCUUUUUUGUAUAAAUUUACAUAAUACCUGCUUAGGAUUAAAUUUAAAAUGAUAAUGAUACACCAUAUGAACUUGUGAAUAAAAAUUGGAAUCCAGUUUAAUUAAAAUAAAUUUGA